AAACACACUCACACACACACACACACACGGUUCACACACACUGAGACUCGGAGCGGAGGCGCAGAGCAGCGCUCAUCCAGAUCGGUGCCAGACGCGCGGACCAGGGUUUGUUUUCUGGGUGACUUUUACUACGGUUCUGCUCAGUGGUUUGGUCGUAGAGAUAGGAAAUAACCUCACACUGAGGUGAAGUUUAAAGCUGUAUGCAAGUGUGUCUCCUGUUCCUUGGCGGCAUAUUUUGGAGUAUAUUUCUGGGUCAAAGUGGACGCACCAGGACGCACAGGGCUCUUCUCCUCCUUCAGAGAGCUCCCCCAGGAUUGUUUGCUGCGUGCGGACGCAGCCAGGAGCGCGCGGCGGCUCGGAGCGCUCCGACACCUACAGCCCGCCUGUGCCACUCCGUCACGAGGGUUUCUUCUUUUUUAAGUGAGCCAUCCCAGAAAUGGUGGGGCACCUACAUUUACAAGCGAUGGAUGAUAGCCUGAAAGGAAAGAACCGGGAAGGGCUGCUCGACAGCCCGGAUUCGGGGCUGCCCCCCAGCCCCAGUCCGCCCUUCUGCUCCCUCUCCCCGGCUCUGAUCGAGUCGCGCUCCGGCAGCUGCUCGACGCCCGUCGAAAGCCAUCAUGGAUAUUAUAAAAAGGAAAGCAGAGAAGGCAAACUGCUGCCCUACCUGCUGCUCAACUCCACGGGAAGCGACCCCAAGACGCGCAUGUACCCCGUGUUCUUCGGAGAGAGCAUCGAGGUCGACCCCAAACCGGAGAAGGAGAUCAAGUGCAACUCUGAGGUCAAGUACGACUCCGACAAGCAUUACCAGGACCGGGUUUUCUGCUUGCCCGUCCCCACGCCGACGUCCUUCAGCGAGACGGUGGUGGCGGUGAGGAACUGCACCUGGAGGAGCUACAAGAGCCAGGUGUACCUGGAGCCGCGGCAGAGGCCCGUCAGCUACCAGAGCACCACCAUCAUCUACCCCAAGCACGCCAAGAACACUUACCGCACCACGCUCAACUACAACGCCACGGGGUCCCGCCGCUGGUUCGUCUCCACGGUGCAGCUGGAGUCCAGCGAGGACACGAGUCCCUGCAUCAUCUACACCGAGGACCUGUAGAGUCCAGACCGCAGGGCUCGCUGCUCGUCCGCCCUUUGGUUUGCUUUCUUUUGUUCGCUUGUUUUGAGGACGAUGAACUCCACGCUGAAAGGGAAACACUUAAAGUUAAUGCCUGGAGCUCCGAAA